GAAGGGACGUAGCGAGUUUUGAAAAUUUUGACAACGACCUCGGGCAUGGCAGAUAAUCAGCAGAGUCGUUUCGAGAAGUCCCUCGGGCUACUGACCACCCGCUUCGUCACCCUGCUCCAGAAAGCGAAGGACGGCGUGCUGGAUUUGAAAGUCGCCGCGGACAUCUUGGAAGUACGGCAGAAACGACGGAUCUAUGAUAUCACAAACGUUCUCGAGGGUAUCGGCCUCAUUGAGAAGAAGAGCAAAAACAGCAUUCAAUGGAAGGGUGCAGGACCUGGUUGCAACACUCAGGAGGUUGGUGAUAAGCUGAUCGAUUUGAAGGAGGAGAUCAGAAAGUUGGAGGAUCAUGAACGUCUACUGGACAUGCACACGCAGUGGAUUCAGCAGAGUAUAAAGAAUAUAGAAAACGAUGUGAUAAAUAGGAAGUUUGCAUAUAUUACUUAUGAGGAUGUGAAGGAGAAUUUUCAGGAGCAAUUUGUAUUAGGAAUUCAAGCUCCUCCCCUUACGGAUUUGACAGUGUCGAAUGUUUCGAAGGAUGAGGCGGUCCUAAGUUACAACAUGCAGCUGAAGAGUACCUCAGGAGAAAUUAAAGUAUAUACAAUUCAGCCUGAGUUAGCUAAAACCUAUGAUAAUAAGGUACUAGAGAUGCGAUUGCAAGAGGAAUCAAAAGGCACGAAGCGUACAAGCGAGGAAGAUGAAAAGAAAGAGGAUGAAGUUAUCGUCAAACCAAAGAGGAAAGUCGGCAGACCACCAAAAAGCAACAGUAAGCCAGAUCCAGUAUUAUCUGAUGACGAGGAGGAGGACGAUGCGGAAUUAAUAGAAGCCAAGAUAAUAUUGCGCGAUGUGAACACUGCAGACAAUUUCCAAAGUGACGUUGAGUUGCUCGAACAACUUUAUUCUGAUUUUUGCGGACCAUUAGUAAGACUCAGCCCACCGCCAGGGGAAAGAGAUUAUCAAUUCAACCUUAGUGAGAGCGAAGGUGUUUGUGAUUUAUUCGACAUCACGACGCAAUGAGUGUCGGAUUUAGCGUAGUACUUCGAUUAACAAAAUGGACUGUGCCAACAGUAAUCAGUGACUUGGGCAUCCAAUUAAAACUGGAGUUAAGAAGAAUUUGUGCAUAUAAUUUUAGAGAAAUCAAUGGGAAUCGUAUAAUCAUUGAGAGAGAAUAUACAGUAUUUUUUUAUUCUAUUGAAAAUUUGAGAAGCUAAUGCAAUAUUGUAAAAAAUACCUUUGUACAACACACAUUUUGGCUGCUGUUUUUCUUUUGUACAGUGGUGGAAGUAGGGAUGGAUUGUUUUCAAGAGACGUUUUUUUAUACAUCUAUUAGAAAAGAAAUGACCCUUGUAACUUUAAGUUGAAUCAUCAAGCUUACUUU